CGCCCUGUAUCAGCACCAUCCUCUAGAGGUUGAUGAGACUCUGAUCGUCACUCUUUGCAUCCAUAUUUGUCCCCCGGCUCCAUCACCUGGUGCUACAUUGCAAGUCACUAUAGCGUCUUCGUUGAUCAUAUGGAGGCCAUCGUCCUUCUGGCAUAUCCGGCCUUUUUGGCCUCGACAUUGGUGAGCGACUCGGGAGGCUAGACCUGCUGUCUUCACCUUUCAUCCGGGGCAAGCUCGCCAGCCCUCCUUCCCAAAAUCUUUAUGAGAAAUGCGUAUUCGUCUUCAUACCCACCAGAAGACGAAUUAUUAAGGUCUUUUUCAGACCAACUCACCUGUCACUUCCACACCUCCACACCAUCAUACUUACCUGCACAUCCACGCACUGCAAAGAUGGCUAGAGUCAAAGCAGAGCAGCCCACUGGCAACAAUGGUCCAGUCAACGGUCGAGAUCAGCAGCAUCGAGGUGGACGUGGACGCGGACGUGGAGGUGGCCAACAGGGUCGAAUGCAUCGCACUAUUGCCCCCUGGUCGGCUCGCGACGAUUACGCCCUCAGACGUCGCUCCCCCACCCCCAGACGUCGCUCUCCCGCCCCCCAGCCCUGGGUCUCCCUCGGCGGCCUCCACGACAACCUCGAGAAGUGGAUGAGAAACGGGGAGCGGGACAAGACGCUGGCCGAAUGGGGACUGGGACCUGGCGACUACGAUAUACUAGAGGAUCGCGUCCUCGCCGCUAUUGCGGUCAAGUGGCCCGACGCGACCGUGGCUCUGCUCUACGACAAGGCGCAGGAGGCCAGAGACAGCGUCUACCGCCGCCUUGAAGGCCAGGGCAAAGUCCGCAUCAGCCUUGAGGCGAGCGACUGGCUCGUUCUUGCGAGCUUGUGGACCAUCAUGAACAAGGCUCUUAGUCCUGUGAACCGCAAGUAUCCGUUCGAACACACUUACGAGCAGAUCCGCUCCUUCGACACCGGUGCGAUGGAUAAUCAGUAUGCUUUCUACUUCAAGAAGUGCGAGCGACUUCGUGCCCAGAAUGCUCCGACUGCUACCGCUGCCCCCAUCGCCCGCCGCCCGAUGACGUCGGUUCCUGCCGCCGGUUCCUACAUCAUCGGAGAGCAGGCUCGCAUGCAGCCGGCCUGGAUGGCGCCUCCCCCUCCUCAUCCUUCUACCCAAAAUGGUUUCUGCAAUGGCAACCAUGGAGGCCCCUGCGUCCCGAUGCCUCAGCUGGGAACCUGGGUGAUGGGAGGAGGAAUGGGUCAGCCGAUUACCCAUGGAGGCACCGCGGGACACUUUUAUCCGGCGCCUCAGCAUCAUCGUGGAGCUCAGCCGGGUCCUGCCAUGACCUACUACUAAGUCGAUACACGGUAUGGGAAGGAGUCACCCUGGAUGGAUUUG